UGCAACGCCCCCUGAUCCUAUUACCUACCCAAUAAAGCUGCAUAGUAGAGCAAAAGAGCAGUGAGCAAGCAAACAAGAAGAGCCAAGCAGCAAUGGCCGCCCAGCUUUCCUCUGCCGCCGUCACCCUCCCUUCCAUGGUCGCCGCCGCUCCCCGGAGCAGCAGCCGGCUGGUGGUGCGCGCAUCGGCCGUAGGAGGGUUCCGGAAGGCGGCGGGGGCGGCUGCGGUGGCGGUGGCGGCGAGCGCGAUGCUUGCGGGCGGCGCCAUGGCGCAGGACGUGCUGCUGGGUGCCAACGGCGGCGUGCUGGUGUUCGAGCCGAACGAGUUCAGCGUCAAGGCCGGGGAGACGAUCACGUUCAAGAACAACGCCGGGUUCCCCCACAACAUCGUGUUCGACGAGGACGCCGUGCCCAGCGGCGUCGACGUCUCCAAGAUCUCCCAGGAGGAGUACCUCAACGCCCCCGGCGAGACUUUCUCCGUCACGCUCACUGUCCCUGGCACCUACGGCUUCUACUGCGAGCCACAUGCCGGGGCCGGCAUGGUCGGCAAGGUCACCGUCAACUGAUUGAUGCAUCGCCCGGCCCGCCUUAAUUUCUCCGUUUCAAGGGUGUCAAUAUAUGAUGAUGUGUUGUUAUAAUGUACGCGCCUGCAAACUAUAUACAUGCAGGAUCAUUGAUGAGCCAGCUGAUACUAUAUAUUUCUCCAUCUCUGUGAGUCAUAUGCUUGCUCAUGUAUGUAUUUCGAGAUUCAACUGUGGCCAUCGAUUCAGCUCCGUAUACAUGUGAAUGCUUGUGU